AUGAAGUAUCAACGGCUCACUAGCCGAGGUUUCAACUUCAAGCAUAACGCCCCUAGCCGGGGCCUAAGGCAAACUGGUUUCCAUUGUUCUUCAAAUGGACAAACCUAUUCUCCUACACCCAUUUACAACAUGUUUACGAAAUCGUCAUGGACAAAAGCAAUGUUUUAUUGCGUACAAUAUACAAUGUGCUAUAUUGUCAUUCCAGGGCAAAAUUCGAAUGAAACCAAUGUCAGUCUUAUUCUUCGAUCUCACCUCCAUUCACCAUCAUCUCCAUUUCCAUUAACUCAAACUUCAUUUUUUCAAGAAAGUUUUUUCUCAGGAAAAGUUGCAUUAGCAAUAGCAACACCUUUGUCACACAUUAAAAACAGUCAGAAAACUGACUAUCAAUAA